UCACAAUUUGGCAACGUUGUAUGUAAUAUCAAGCACGUUGCCGGUCAAAUUGUUUACCUGCAUUUAUAUAAUAUAAAUUAUAUUUUAUAAUCUGUGUUUAUCUGGUUGAUUUUGAUGGUUUAUCUUGUUUGGUGAGUUUCAAACUAAUUGUCAUUCUCAAAAUCAUUCAAGAUUUUAAGGAUAAUUCUUCCAGGCUAAAUGGCGAACAAUUUAAACGAUAGUCUGUUGAAACGGAAAAUCUUUAACUGCAAGAUUUGCGAUGAGCUUUGCGUUUCCGAUAUAUUUUUAAUAAUUGGUAAAGGAAACGUAUGUUCAAAAUGCUAUGAAAAGUAUGAUGAUAAAUCAAGAGCAGAGUUAAAUUCUGCUCUUAUCUUUGUUAUGUCACAGCUUAUUUUGCCAUGCAAAUACGAAUUUAAAGGCUGCAUCAAAAAACUGACAUGUAAAAUUUAUGCAAACCACAUCAAUGUUUGUGAAUACAAAGUAAAAUCUUGUCCGAUGGUAAGUUAUGGAGAUUGCAAAUGGAAUGGAGAUAAUUUGGAAAUACCUGAACAUAUUUCAGCAGACCACACAGAGCAUGUGAUAAACAGUGAAACCAACAUUUUUAAAGUUAAUAUGUCUUUAUCUGAAACAUACAACAUAAAAUUAUUGAUUGAUGACUACAAAAGCUGUCUCCUAAAAACUUUAAUUGUUGACAAUAGGUUUUACUAUGUCAUGAAUCACAUUGAUCCAUGUGUAGAAAGCAUUGAAUAUUUGGUAAAACACAAAAGUAAAGAAACACAAAACUAUUCAAAAUCUGUAGGCACUCUUACUAAGCUAAAUAGUAUGUAUGAUGAAUCAAACCUCCAUAAAAACCCAUAUGCAACCGUUCUAGAUUUGGAGUUAUUGGAACAUUUUGCAGAUGAAAAUAAUUCAAUACUCAAUGAAUUUAAUUUAAAUCCAAGUGGUAUUGAUGAAAAAACAUUAAAACUACUGGAAUGUCCUGUCUGUUUUCACACAAUGAGACCACCAAUUUAUCAGUGUUCAAAUGGACACAGUAUCUGUAUUGUGUGUCAUGAAAAAGUAAAGGAAUGUCCCACAUGCAAUGCACCAUGGACUAGGGCAAGAAAUUAUUUAAUAGAAGGUUUAACUAACAAUUUAAAAUAUCCAUGCCGAUAUAAGGAAUUAGGAUGCAAAGAAUUUGACCUUGAACCUAAAGUUAGCAAACAUGAAGAAUCUUGUCCAUUACAUAUUUUUAAAUGUCCAAUGUCAUGCCGUGAAUCUGGUAACUACAAAUUCAUAGUGGAACAUUUAAAUAGUGCUCAUAAGUACGAUGAACUUAAACCUCAACUAACUUUUAGACUUCGAGACCAAACAACCAGAAAAUGGACUUUGUUUGAUUCAAAGAUAUUCAUAAUAACAUAUUUUACUCAUCACCCUGAAUUUAUGAACUGGGUUACUGAAUUAUAUUGCUCCCAUGAAAAUCCCAGUUCCUACAUUUAUUCAGUAGAAGUUAUAAAGCCUGAAGGGGAAUGGUCAAUAAUAAAACAUAAUGCCUGUGUAAAAUCGUUUGAUAGGUUUAAAAGAAUUGAAAAUAUGUAUUUUGUGAGCAAACAUGCAACAGUUAACAUCUCUAUAACAAAAAAGAAACCAGCAAACUAAUAAUACUAAACUUUUUUAAUGUUUAAAUAUGAUUAAAAUUUGUAUUAAAAAAUCUAUCUAAACUCCAUAAAUAUUCCCCACAUGUAUGUGACUGUUUUGGUAGUUUUUGAAAUUUUUUUUUGAUUAGCGCGUUUAUAGAUUAAAAAAUUUUUAAUAAAAAUUCGCAUUGCCCAAUCAUAACAUUUAAAAAUUUAUUUGACAUACAGUUAGAAAAGUUGUUUAGAAUCAUCAUCUAGGCCCAUAUACUUACCAAAUUUCAAAUUCCUCGGCCACUUUUAUUUAUUUCUUAAAAAUUUAUUUUCUCACUAGUAGCGCCACCUCUCGGCGCUCGAUCGUAUUACAUUAAAGAUUUCUGUGAUUAAAUUCUUAACGCAUACAGUGCGCCACUGCCUUCCCCCACCAUUACAUACGUCAUCUGUAUGUUGUCAAAUUAUUGUGUAGUUGACAGAUGUGAAAAUGUUCUGAUUAAAAUAAAGCAAUAAACAAAUAAACAGAAAUAUAAAAUAUACUUUUUAGAUUAUUAUAUUGUAAGAAAUUAACAGUAAAACCACCAAAACGGCGUCGAGUUUCUUAUAAAUAACACCAAUCUAAGAAAUAUAUUUUAUAACACCACACGUAAAAAUGGGCGAUCCGGACCAAAUGGACCCUUGCGAAUGCAUUUGGGGGCACGAAAUGGCAAUGAGGCGUCUACUAAGCCUGCUGAGAAACUCGCAAUCCUACUGUACAGACACUACCUGUUUUGAUGAUGGAACCAGUCCAAACCCAAACCAGACACCGGAUAAUGUAAUGUUGAUGGGCUUUAUGGUUGUAGCUGCAUUAUUAUUAUGCUAUUUUAGACCAAAUGUCAGGAGAAUUACUGAUGGUCCUUCUAAACCAAGUAAAGGAAAUGACUCAAAUGGUUUUCCACCUACCCCCCCUCCAGCAUUGAAUUAACCCAAUUGGAUAAUAAUUGCCAAACCUUCAAUAAAAAUAAAAUCUAAUAUUCAAUUCUAGUAAGAUUUAAGUAAUCAGUCUUAGCAGGGCUAAGAUAAAUCUCCAAACAAAUUUAUUAAUUCACAAUAUUUUGUAUAUAGAAAAUGUACAUUAUACAAUUAAGUGUAUUGUAUACGGCUUAACUAAUUUUAUCUUUAUAUUGCUGUUUUAAAAACUUUAAAUUAAUUUAUUUUUUGUCCAAAACCCGUCGAAUUUUGGCAUUUUAAAUACAAUUUUUCUGAUAUAAUCAUAUGUUUACUGGUUGAGGGAUAUUUAUGUUUUGUGUGAUUUUAUUUUACCACAUUUUCUGUGAUUUUUUUAUCUGGUGCAAGUAAUAGUUAUUUAAUAAAAGUAUUUUAUUUACAUAGACAUUCCUUUGCACUUUUUUGCAUGAGGGUGACCAAAUAUGGAAUACCAUUCUGUAUUUUUGACAAAAAGUUACCCUAAUAUGAAAAAUGCUGGUGUUCCAUUUUUCGUCACUUUCCUGUACAAAUAAAUUUUGGCAAUAUAUUUUUAAAUUCCCACCUACCAUUCUUCUGCAGUGUUAUGCUGAAAAGUGCUAUCUCAAAAAUUUAUUUACACAAUUAAUUACCAAAAAAUCGUUUAUUUGUAUUUUAACAUGACAUUAAAUUUUAUGACAAAAAAAUAUGACCUGGUUAUAAAAAACCUUUUCUUGCCAAUUUUUGAGAUUGGACAUUUUGUCUAACAUGAAUUUGUAUGCUCAAAGCUUUAUUUUUUUCUUUGUAUAAAGGUUUAUGAAUUUAACACAGCAUUAAUAUAUUAAUUAUAUUUUAAAUA